AUGACAGAGGAGGUGAUUGUCAUCGCCAAGUUUGAUUACAUGGCUCAGCAAGACCAGGAGCUGGACAUUAAGAAGAAUGAACGACUAUGGCUCUUGGAUGACUCCAAGUCAUGGUGGCGAGUACGCAACGCUACCAAUAAGACUGGUCUAGUGCCCUCCAACUAUGUGGAAAGGAAGAACAGUUUCAGAAAAAGCUCUAUUGUAAAGAGCCUUAAAGAUACUCUGGGGUUGGGGAAGGUGAAAAGGAAAACCAGUGUGAGGGACAUGGCCUCCAACAUGGACACUGACAACGGGGAGCGUCUGUAUGACCUCAACCUCCCUGCGCUGGUCAAGUUCAACUACGCUGCCGAACGUGAAGACGAGCUCUCCUUGGUCAAAGGCACGAGGGUCAUCGUCAUGGAGAAGUGCAGCGACGGCUGGUGGCGCGGCAGCUACAAUGGACACUCUGGCUGGUUCCCCUCCAAUUACGUUGUGGAGGAUGUGGACGGGACAGUACGGGGGGACUCUGUGAACUCCCUGAAAGACAAACUGGCUUCUGUGGUGCACAGUACUAACGGUAACCGAGUUCUGCACACUGUGCAAGCGCUGUACUCUUUUAGUUCCGGCAACGAUGAGGAGCUUCACUUUGAGAAGGGUGAGGUCAUGGAUGUGGUGGAGAAGCCCGAGAAUGACCCAGAAUGGUGGAAAUGCCGAAAAGCAGAUGGACAAGUAGGUCUAGUGCCCAAGAACUAUGUUACAGAGGUACAGAACUCCCGUAAUGACUGGAGAAACGCAGGCCCGCCAGCUCCAGACUGUGACUGUGUCGAGCCAUCUUUCAACGGGAAGUUUGCGGGCAAACAGUGGUACUACGGCAAAGUGACACGCCAUCAGGCAGAGGUCGCCUUAAACCAGAGAGGAGAGGAUGGUGACUUCCUCAUCAGGGACAGUGAGUCAUCUCCAAGUGACUUCUCCAUCUCCCUGAAAGCACAGUGUAGGAACAAGCACUUCAAGGUGCAGCUCAAGGAUGGACUUUAUUGUAUUGGACAACGCAAGUUCCGCUCCAUGGAAGAACUAGUGGAACACUACAAAAAGGCCCCCAUUUUCACCAGUGAACAAGGUGAAAAACUGUACCUUAUUAAGGCGUUGACUUGA